AUAUAAACAAAUUUUAUAGAUUUGGAAAUUGAAAUUUGUGAAUAAUAAUUAUUGUGGUUUGCAGUUUGCACUUUGCUUAUUGCUAUAGUAAUGUUUCAAUUUCUAACCCUUUAUUUUUCACUUUUAAGAUAAAUUUAUGAUUUAUCAAAAUAAUUUAUUACAGUUACAAUGAAAUGCCAUAUACCUGGACCGAAUGUUAAAGUUUUAGGGAGAACAAUUCACGCUUUAGCAAGAUUUGGAGAUGAAUUAUACUUGGAGUCAUUAUCAGAUUCUAUACUCCUAAGGACUCUAAACGCGGCAGAGUCCGCUUAUGCGAUGGUAAAAUUUAACAAAACCUUUUUUUCAUACUUCAAUUAUAAUUAUUAUUCCACGGAGGACAAGGAAGGAUUAAAAUGUAAAAUAUCAAUGAAGAGUGCUUUAAACACUUUUAAGUCUCCAACGCAUAUGGACAAACAAGUAGAAAAUUUAGAAAUAAAACUAGACCCGGAGUCUUGUAAAUUAAUAUUCAUAGUGAAAUGCAAACAUGGCAUUGUAAAAACACAUUUUGUAUCUAUAUUAGACUGUAAGGCAAUGCAAGCUGUUUAUACUAAAGAUCUGGUACCCAACAGAAUAACAUCCUCUCAUAAAAUACUUUCAGAAGCUCUGAGUAAUUUUCAGUCAUCUGAUGACCAAAUGACUAUAGAGGCGAACUCAAAUUCAAUGAUUCUACGAAAUUAUGUGGAUAGCAACAUGGACUUAACUAAAAUUAUUAGAACUCAAAUAAAUAUAAAAUCUCAAGAAUUUGAAAGUUAUGUUAUAGGCACGGAUACUACUAUAACAUUUACAAUGAAAGAAUUCAAGGCACUACUGGCAUUUGCAGAAGCAUUAACUCUACCUUUACAACUGCAUUUUGAAGUUACAGGAAAACCAGCUGUAUUUAUAGUUCACAAUGGGUCUACAUUUGAAGCAAAUUUUGUUUUAGCUACAUCCAAACCUGAUAUGCAAACGCAAACAUCAUCAACACAAAACACAACUACUGUUGAAAGAAAAAGAAAAGACAUAAAUGGUGAUGUCCAAAAUUCAGUUAGAAAGAAACCACAUCUUGGUGUAGAUACUUCAAGUCUUAAUGAAGAUUCUCAUCUCUUUAACUAUAUAGAAAUGCCAGAAGACAAAGAUUUGGUAGAUAAUGGGAAAAUUGAUAGUCAUAUACAUAAUCAAAUAAAUAUAUCUCAAAAUGUAAAUAUGUGUGAAAAAAUGGACUAUGACAACAUUCCUCCCUCACCUACUUCAAAAUUAAAAAUCAAAACAAUAUUUAAAAGGUGUUUUGAAAGCACUUUUGAUCCUAGAAGCAUACAAGGUUCAGUAUUAGCAGAAAACUCUGACAGUGAAUAAAGAAUAGACUGUACACCAGUGAUUUGUCAAAAAGUGAAUAUGUUAAUACAUUUAAUGACUUCAUAUUAUAGUUUUUACAUUUGUAAGAGAAUUUAAAGUGUAUUUCCCAAACUUUUAAAUGUAUACUAUAAGCUUAUUUUCUAAAUGUACAAUCCAAGGUAUCUAACUUAUUGAUGAGACAAUGUUUCAUUAAAAAAACAUCAUAGCUAUCAAUUAACCCAUUGAGCCCCAAGCGACCCGAUCGGUCCACGAUACAAUAGAUUUUCUAUUGUGUCUAUGAUUCCGGGGCCUGAGUUAUUAAAUUACAAUCUUAGAACUUUGAAACUUAAUUCAAACAGUUUAUGUGAAGUUCAUUAAAAAAAUGGUUUUCACAAUAUUUUUAAUCUUACACUACUACUAAUAGUCUAAAAUAAAAAUAAUCUUCUGUA